AUGGCACCUCAGAGAGGCAGUAUCAACCCGAGGAACCUUAUGGCACCCCUGGCAGCUUUCACCAUGGCGUGCGUUCUCUUCGUCUGGACACGUUCUUCGAUACAGGCCGCCAAAGUGAACCGGGCGAACAAGGCUCGAGAGUAUCGCAAUGAUGGACCACCAAGGCCAGAGGAGUAA